UGUGUCCGCACGCAUGCGUCCGGGAGCGGCGACACCAUUUUAGAGGAAGAAAGGAAAACAGGGACAGUUACAGACAAUCAGUAGAUUAAAAUUUAAUAGUUCAUGUUUGUGCUGACUAAACCGGACACAUAGAAGUUCCCCGCCGAUCUAGAGAAGAACCGGGUUCCGAUACUGCGGUGCCCGCGCGGAUCCGACAGCAGUUCAGCGUCUUUUUUUUGGGUUUCUUGUUGUUAUUGGUUUGUGGGUGUUUGAGUGUGUUCGGGUGAAACUGAGUCAGUGCGGUUCCGUCCACAGUCCAGAUGGAUGGAGACGAGGAGAUCCGCUCAGAUGAUGGCAGCGCUACUCCAGUUCAGGAUGAGCAGGAGGAUGCGAGACCCGAAUCACGACAGUCUGAGGAUGACGGCAGCGAUAACGAGGACGCCGCUCACGACAGGAAGUCUGAGAACGCAGACAGCGGCUCGGAUCACGAGGCCCGUGGUGGAGGAGACGGGAGCGACUCAGAGCCCGAGCCUCCGCGACCCGCAGACAGCGAGGAGGAUGAGGAGGGCAGCUCUCCUGUGAAGCGAAGAGCGAGCACCUCCGACAUGGAGGAGGAGGAGAAAACACAACCCGCUAGCGACUCCGAGCAGGAGGAAACAGAGAAGAGACGCAGCCCUAAAUCAGACGCGGGCAGCGAUUCGGAUGAGGACAAACCCAAACAGAAAACUCAGAGAGACUCUGAUGCAGAGGAGGAGGAGCAGGAGGAAGAGGGAGGGAGGAAGGAGGAGGGAAAGUGGAAAGCUGUGAUGAACUCAGACAGUGAGGAUGAGGAGGAGAGACCGAAACAGAAAGCAGGAAGUGAUGAGGAUGAAGGGCCCAAACGACGAGCUCUGGCCAGUGAUGACGAAGAUGAGAAGCCUGUAAAGAGGAAGAAGGCCGUUCUCUCAGACAGUGAUGAAGAUGAGGAUAAAGAGGUGAAGAAGAGCAGGCUGGUGUCUGAUGAUGAUGACGACUCUGGCAGUGAUGAAGGCUCUGGAGGUCCUGAUAAGAGUUUAGCAGCUAAACUGAAGGAGCUGGGCUCAGACAGCGAGGAUGAGGAGGACAUGAAGAGAGACGCAGGGAAGAAGGACGAGAAGGCUCUGUUCGGCAGCGACAGCGACUCGGGCGACGAUGAGGAGGAGAAAAUGAUCGCAGACAUCUUCGGAGAGUCCGGUGAUGAGGAAGAGGAGGAGUUUACGGGUUUCAAUCAAGAGGAGCUGGAGGCCGAGCGGCCACAGUCUCAGGCGUUGGGACAGAAGGGAUUGGAGAACGACUCUGAUUCAGAUGAUGAUGUGGACAGAGGAGGAAAAGACAUGUCCUUCAUGUCAGACUUUGACAUCAUGUUGGCCCGUAAGAAAGCUCAGAGCGGCAAACGCAGACGCAAUCGAGACGGAGGGACGUUCAUCAGUGACGCCGAUGAUGUUGUGAGCGCCAUGAUCACCAAAAUGACAGAAGCUGCAGAGGAGGAUCGGACUCUGAACAGUCAAAAGAAACCGGCUCUGAAAAAACUCAUGCUGCUGCCCACAGUGGUGAUGCACUUAAAGAAACAGGAUCUGAAGGAGACGUUCAUAGACAGCGGUGUAAUGACGGCCAUAAAGGAAUGGAUCAGUCCUCUCCCAGAUAAGAGUCUGCCAGCGCUCAAGAUACGAGAGGAGCUCCUUAAGAUCUUGCAAGAACUGCCCAGUGUGAGUCAGGAAACACUGAAACUCAGUGGAAUCGGCCGAGCCGUCAUGUACCUCUACAAACACCCGAAAGAGUCUCGACCGAACAAAGACCUCGCGCUCAAACUCAUCAACGAGUGGUCGCGGCCCAUUUUCGGCUUAUCGUCCAACUACAAGGGAAUGACGAGAGAAGAGAGACAACAGAGAGACCUGGACCAGCAGAUCGCCCCACGCAGACGCCUCAGUGAGCCUCAGACGUCUGAGAGGCAGGAAGAGCCGGACGUCUUUGCCCCGGCGCUCAGUUCAGGAGGACAAACUCCUCGCAGAGAUCUGGAGAAAGUGCUCACUGGAGAGGAGAAGGCGUUGCGGCCAGGUGACCCAGGCUUCUGUGCGAGGGCUCGUGUGCCAAUGCCGUCCAAUAAGGACUACGUGGUUCGGCCCAAAUGGAACGUGGAUGGAGACUCUAGUCGAAGGAGCUUUAGGAAAGGCAUCAGCCUGCUGGAGAAGCACAAGCGGCGUUUUGCGGAGCAGAGGAAGCAGCGCCGGCCGCAGGGAGCCGUCAAAAUCAGCAUUGAGGGAAACCGUAUGCCGCUGUAGUUACACGCUCCUGCCUGAGGGGGCAGCUCCGCUGAAGAAGGGUUUGUCACGAGUAGAUAAACAGAUGCGGCGUUUUGCGGAUAUCAAGCGUCUGACGAAGCCGGGUCACGCGGUGAAGAUCAGCGUGGAGGGGAACCGCAUGCCGCUCUGACCCUCCUCCUCUUCCUCUCCCGUCUCCCCUGUGUUUGUCUGUCAGAUUCAGAUUGAGAUGUUGCCAGUCUUUGAUUGUCCAGCGGUUCCGCAGAGUCGGAUUCCCAUAAUGCCGCGCGUCUGUACUGUAGCUGCGUGAGUUUAGCGGAGCUGCGUUUGCUAUGUAUUCAGAGCCCAGAGAACUCACCUGGGAAUGUUUUGUUUUUUGGUUCUGAUGUAUCUUUCAUAAUAAAGAGUUUCCAUGUCUGACAUUUUA